GAAUCCAAAUCCGUAGUUCGUUUGAACCCACGACCCCUCCUAGAGGUCAUUCAAGGUCAUUCGUAGGAAAUUUGUAGGUCAAGUAGAGAAAUAACCGUCUGAAAAAUAUGAAAAAAUGCAUGGGUAUGUUUUUGAGGUCCCCGAAUCCGAAUCCAUAAAUUGUUUAAACCCGCGACCUAUCCUAGAGGUCAUACAAGGUCAUUCUAAGAAUUUAGGUUUGGUUGCAACCAGGGCACCUCCCCGUGGUGACGGUGUGCAACGGAGUUGUCUCACUAUCCGGCGAAGUCCCUGGGUUACGCCGUCAUGGCAACUAAACGUAGAAAAUUUACGAGACAGGGUUUCGGAUACCCAGAAUCGGCGGCUGGUCAGGGUGGGGAAGCGGACCCGCAGGCGUCGUCAUCAAGCGACCGUAGCUCUACAGUGGUGGAAAACUUGGCCUCUUAUUGAUACAAGUUCAUUGGACAACUCAUAUACUCCCAAAACUAUAUGUUCGAGAUGCCGUAGUGUUCUUAAUGAAAUUAACAAGCAGGUAUUUUCUAAACCAAUGAUAUGGAGAUCCCCAACAAAUCAUGCUACCGACUGUUUCUUCUGUUUAACAAACAUGAAAGGUUACAACCGAAAGAAUAAAAAUUUAAUUUCAUAUCCACAAGUCAGAUCUGUGAAUUUUCCAGUUCCUAUUCACACGAAUACUAAUGAUAGCAAGGAAAUAAAUGAAGAGGAACUGGAAGAUUUAAAUGAUGAAGAUUUGUUAGAUGGAUCAUUGGAAUGUGAUGAGAGUCAAAAUUUUAGCACAGAAGAGUCAGAUUUUGAGGAAAAUACGGCAGAUGCUGAGAAAUGGGACCAAGAUGAAGUGAGUGAUCUUUGCAGAGACUUAGGGAAUAAUAUAGAUAUAUAG